AUCAAUGACAACGCUCCGGUGUUUAGCGAGGCUGCUCUCGAUGUAGAGAUCGGAGAAUGGAUCCUUCCUGGUGCGCGAUUUCCGUUGGAGAUGGCGCAAGAUCCGGAUGUGGGAAGCAACGCACUGCUCAGCUACCAGCUCACCGAAAACCCGUCCUUCAGGCUGGAGGUAAAGGAGACUUCAAGUGGCAAGAAGCAGCCCGAAUUGGUGUUAGAAAGAGCUUUGGAUCGCGAGAAGCAGAGCUCGUUUCAGAUGGUGCUGACGGCGGUGGACGGCGGGUCUCCAGCGAGGUCAGGCACUGUCCAGAUUCGCAUCAACGUGACAGACGCCAACGACAACGCGCCCGUGUUCAGCAAAAGCGCCUACGAGGCGCGAGUGCGGGAGAAUGUGCCGACGGGCUCGCUGGUGCUGCAGGUGCGAGCCACGGACGCGGAUGCGGGCUCCAACGGGCGAGUGUCGUACUCCUUCAGCAACGUUCCCGACGCUGUCCGCGCUGUCUUCAGCAUAGACAGCGACAGCGGCGACAUCCGCAACGUGGGGAUUCUGGAUUUCGAGGAGCGGAAGGAAUACACCUUCGGAGUAGUGGCGAGGGAUGGGGGCGGUCUAAGUGGUCACAGCCAGGUGCACAUAAAGAUCAUGGACGAGAACGACAACGCGCCCGAGAUAACGACGUUGUCUGUGUCGAGCUCGAUCCCCGAGGACUCCCCGCCCGGCACCGUGGUUGCCCUCAUCAAGGUGCGAGACCGAGACUCAGACGACAACGGGAAGGUGUGGUGCGAGCUGGAGGGCGAGUCGCCGCUGUCGAUCGUGGCGUCGUCGGGCAGCUCGUACAAGGUGGUGACGGCGAGCGCGCUGGACAGGGAGCGCGCGUCCGAGCACAACGUGACGGUGGUGGCCAGCGACCGGGGCAGCCCGUCGCUGUCGAGCCGCACGGCGCUGUCGCUGUCCGUGUCGGACGUGAACGACAACGCGCCGGUGUUCGAGGAAGCCGCCUACAGCGCCUACGUGUCGGAGAACAACUUGGCGGGCGCGGCGGUGCUGCGCGUGCGGGCGCGCGACGCGGACGCGGGCGCCAACGGGCGCGUGAGCUACUGGCUGGUGGGCGGCAGCGCGGGCGAGGCGGCGGCAGCGGCGGGGGCCUCCGGGUGGGGGGGGGGGGGGGGGGG